AUGUUGGAAGACGCCGUCGGCCUCGGCGCCGUCACCGUUCUGGGAAUCCUGGAGCAAGCUUAUUUCUCUCUGCAGGUGAUUUACGCCAGGAGGAAGUAUUCGGUGUCUCCGCCCACCACGGCCGGACCGCCGGAGUUUGAGAGGAUCUUCAGAGCUCAAGCAAACUGUUCAGAGUAUUUCCCCAUCUUCAUCACGGUGCUGUGGACGGCCGGAGUCUUCUUCAGCCAAGGUCUGUCUUCCAUCUGUGGCCUGUUGUAUUUAUACGGACGUCUCUGUUAUUUCUGGGGAUAUUCAGAGUCGCCUCAGGGACGUCUGGCUCCGCUCUACUUCAGCGCUAAGGUUCUCUGGGUUCUCAUCGGGUUUGCAGCCGCAGGAGUUCUCCUCUCAUUCUGCAGAGUUUACCUCAACGUGGAUCUGGUGGAGACAAUCUGCUCCGGCCUCGGCCUGUUCUGAGGAGGAGGAGGAGCAGGAGGAGGAGCAGGAGGAGGAAGAGGAGGAGGAGGAAGAGGAGGAGGAAGAGGAGGAAGCUGUGUUGACUGUUUCUGUUAAAUCUUCAUCAUGUGGUCGUUGUAAAAACUGAAUUAAACAGUUUUAAUAUCGACUCCGUUCAUGUGUUGAUCCAUUAUGCUACUGUUAGCUAC